ACUAUCAGGAUCGCGUAUUGGUGGAGAAUUCCUUUGCAAGAAAUAAGAGAAUGACCGUUUAAACUGCUCGAUCAAAUGUAGCCUACGUUUUUGUUUGUUUUAUUUCGUUAAAAGUCAAAGCCGUGCCCGGCGCAUUCCUGUACGCAGGCAACCGUUCAGUGGUGUGAGUGAAGUUUUAGUAAAGGUGGUCUUACCAGAUAGUUGAUCCUUUAAAGUACUAAAGAAGAGAAAGAUAAUAUUUUUUUUAAGUAAAAAAACCCCAAAAAGGACACAUUUUAUUCCCUUCAGUUUCGUGUCCGGAUUACACACAAAACUAAAACAUUCAGACUAAUUUUGUUGAAUUUAAAUAGUUUAUUGUGUUAUAGUGGUUUCAUGUCUGUAACCAGAUAUGGAUCAUUUUCCUAGUAAUUUUUUUGUUGACGCAUUUACCCUUUGAUCGGUACGUGGCUGCAAAUGUUAAAAAGAUCCGUUUUUAUGUUUAAAAAUGCGUUGACAGCGAAGCGCGGAAGAAACUCCACCCCGCAGCUUCAGGAUCCUCUGGCAGGCGGAGCGCAGCCCGUGCAGAGUGAGCUCUGGCAGGCUGCGCGCCGUGCGUGACGAGUCCGCGGAGAACUCCACAGGGACCAAAGUCCAGCCUGAGCUCGAGGUGUGUGAGCGAAUGAGUGAGAAAGUGUGUGAGGGCGCGCUGGAACUUAAUCACCUGUGAGUUCUUUCACAGCAAUGCUCCAAAGAUGGCGGUGGUAGCAGCGGGAUCCGGAGUCUCAAGUGGCUCCGGGGUGCAUAAAAGUGGAUUUGUGGAGGUUUUGGUGCGGGAGAGCUGGCACAAAGUUUUGGCCAACUUGAGCGAGGAGGCGCUCUCGUUGAGCUGCGAGGACUGCGGCGUUAACGAAACCGUCAGCUCCAACGGGGUUACCAACGGAUCUUACCUGGACAACAGCAACACUAACUCCAACAACGGCCCCCAGGCCGUGCGCACCGCUUUCACGGACCUCCCGGAGCGAGUGCCCGAGACGAUCGCCAACAUAAAGCGGUGCGUCAAGGUGACCAAGCAGGAAAUCGGAGGACUCGGCAUAAGCAUUAAAGGUGGGAAGGAAAACAAAAUGCCCAUACUCAUCAGCAAGAUAUUCAAGGGGCUUGCAGCGGAUCAGACCCAAGCUCUUUAUGUAGGGGACGCCAUCCUCUCCGUGAACGGCAUGAACCUGCGGGACGCGACGCACGACGAGGCUGUGCAGGCGCUGAAACGAGCAGGAAAGGAGGUGACACUAGAAGUUAAGUACAUGCGUGAGGCUACACCGUAUGUCAAAAAAGGCUCCCCUGUGUCAGAGAUUAGCUGGGAGACGCCUCCUCCUGAGUCUCCACGCCCCAGCAGUCCUCCAGUCACUUCCUUCUUCUCCUCCUCGCCAAGCUCUCCCUACCAGCCCUCCUUGUCUCUGAAUGGUGAUAGGAGGUGCAUACCACUGAAGAUGGCUUGUGUAACACGAGCCAUGACCAGAGCAGAUCCUGAGAACAGACAACUAGAGCUGCACAGUCCUGAUGCCAGGCACACCAUCGUGCUCCGGUGCCCAGACCAACCAUCUGCCCUGUCCUGGUUCUCUUCCAUGCACUCGGUCACAUCCGCGCUGGCACAGCGGGCGGUGGCGGAGGUCGUCCAGAAUACAUCCAGGACCGGAGUAGCUGGCAGCAAAGAGAUUCGACACCUGGGAUGGCUGGCAGAGAAGACGGAGAGCGGGAAGCAGUGUUGGAAGCCGGUGUUGGUGGUGGUGACAGAGAAGGACUUGUUGCUGUACGACAGUUUGCCUCGAAGCAAAGAUGCUUGGCAAAGCCCUGCACAUAAUUUUCCACUUUUAGCAACACGUCUGGUCCACUCCGGUCCUGACCGGGGAUCACCAUGCUCUGGUACUGAGCUGUUUUUUGCCACUCGGACCGGCACGCGACUUGGAAUCGAAACUCACCUUCUCCGGGCUGAGACCACUAAGGAUUUGUCCCUGUGGACCAGACACAUCGUCAACGGAUGUCAUACAUCAGCUGAGAUGAUUAAAGAAGUCACGACAAGUUGCCUGUACAGCGGUCAGGAGUGUCGGCUGGUGAUUCACUAUGAGAAGGGCUUCUCUGUGCUGGCGGACCCAAAAGUACGAUACGGGGAGGACGAUGAGGAGAGAGCAAUCGACACAUCGGUCAAGCCCCAAGUGCUCCUCUCCUAUCCCUUUGAAAAACUAAAAAUGUCCGCGGACGACGGAGUACGCAUGCUCCUUCUGGACUUUGGAGGAAAGGAGGGGGAGAUUCAGCUGGAUCUUCACUCGUGUCCAAAACCAAUUGUCUUCAUCCUCCACUCUUUCCUGUCUGCUAAGAUCGCCCGUCUGGGUUUGGUAGCCUGAUCAACUCCUUACAAGGACUUUCAAACCCCUUUGAAACCAAACUCAUCUUGUUUCUUCAUCUGGUUUCUUCAUUUACAAACCCGAACUGAAUGAAUGUGGCCUUUAUUUGUAAUUUGUAACUUUUCUGGGUUCUGUGUCUUAGAAGGUGCCUGAAACUGGUUAUACUUCAGACAUAUUUUGGGGCGGGGUAAAUGACCCCCUUUCAGGGCUCCAAGAAUGUUGGCUGAAGAACCAGAGAGAAGGUGAACUGGACUUGAAGCAGAUGGAUGAUAUAUAUAUAUAGAGAGACGUACCAACAUAAUGACAAGAGAACAUUGGGCAUUACUGUCACGUCCAGGAUGGGAAGGACUGGCCUCAUGUAGCAGGGUGGAGAUUAAUUCACUUUUAAUUCAAUCAAAAUGUAAUAGCAACCUGCCUUCCAUUUACCAAUUAUAUAAUUUAUUUACCACCAUCUCUGAAAGGACAUUCUUAAUUUCACCCGUCAUCCGUCUUCCUCAAACACAUGACACAUCGUGGAGAAACUUUGCACAUUAGUCUUUAUUAGAGUCCCCCCGGGAUGUCUCGUUAUCAGUGUCGGCAUUCGUCAUCCAGACUGGGGGGCACAUUUUCCCACAAAAUGACGGCUCACUCAGAUUUAAACUGUCACAGCUUUCUUUUAACAGCUUGCUCAUGAUGACCAUGCUGUGUUUUAAGGUACUCCAGUGUGACACUUACACAUGAAGGCUAAGGACCUGAUGGAAGAUACAGAGGAUUUAUUUUUCCCUGGAUGGAGCAUAAGACUAGGGAGAGUUUGGGAAUAGUCUCAGCUAGUAAUUUAAGGUAAACAUUUGAUAUUUUUAGCCAAAUGAUCAUUAUUAAAUUCUCACAGCAUUAGAUGAAUAACUGAUUUAAAGUCAUGGUAUUCUAUAACAGAAAUAAUCUAGUUUUCAAAAUUACCUUUCUUAUACCAGAGUCUGAAAUUGUGUACCAGAACUGUACCAUUUAUCAAAUCACAAUCAGAACCUCUGUCAACACACACAGUGUUAAAAUUACAAAGGACAGCUAAGAUACAAUUUAACUAAAAUUAUGCUUUUAACAUUAAAUUCCCAGUGGUACACUUAUUGGCACUUAUUAAAAGAGUUGUACUGUUCUUGCAGUGUAUGUAUUGGCCUUUAGUCUUCAUCUAUAAUAUUUUACAUAGUUGGAGCAUUCAGAGAGGGAGAGCUUGACCAUUCUUCUUUGCACAAUCUCCCUAGGUCAUCCAGAGUCCUGGGUCAUCUCUUAUGCACUCUUCUUUUUAGCACACUGCAUUUUUUAAAGGCUUUAGGUUUUAGAAUUGAGGUGUCUAUGAUAGAUGGUUGAUUUUACAUACAGUGAACUAUUUCAGUAUUGAUUUGUUCAGAUUUUUUGGAUCAUUAUUCUGCUAAAAGACCCAAUGACAACACAUUUUCAGUUUUCUGACAGUUUUCUCCUGUUAUUUCAAAGACUCCAUGAUAUCAUGCACUCUAACGUGGUUCCCAGGGAGCCCACAGCAUCACAGAUCCCCCAUCAUACUUAAUAGUUGUCGUGAAGUGCUUUUCCACACAUUCAUGCUUUGUUUAAUACUAAACCCACCUGGAGUUGUUGCUGCCAACAAGAUCAGUUUUAGUCUCAUCCAACCAAAGCAGACAGUUCCAGCUAAAGUCCCAGUUUUUGUGUUUUGCAAACUGUGCAUUUAUGAUAUCAUUGAUCGGAGAAGCGAGAAUUUUUCUAGCUAGCGUAUCAAACAACAGAAAGGUAUAUACAUGACGUCUAAUGGUUGUUAUGGAGAUUUGGUGACCCUAAGAUGCCAAUCUUUGCUGCAGAUCUGUAACAGAGAGAUUCGGAGGUUGUUUUACUUAACAUCCUAUUCACUGUGCAUGGUGGCAAAAUAACUCAAAAUAAAUAGGUCAUUAUCCAACCUAGUAGCAUGAUGAUACAACCUGAUGUCAUAUUCAUACCCCAGGGAAACAAACGUCAUGGGUUACAGACACUAUGAGAUCAUGCUUCUGUAAUAAAAUAUCAAUUUAAGGACUGACGAUAAUUGCAGAGGACACUGUUUUUUUGGCUAUUUAGAUAGUCACAUUGUUUUGGAUCCCAAAUAUGAUAGAUGCUGAAGCUCACGGAGAUUGAUGGGAACCAUAUGAUGAUGGUAAGAAGAAAGGAGGCGACAAAUGUGGAUUCAUUGCAAAAUAUUCAAUAAUACUGCUGAUAUUGUGCAGGAAAACAAUAUAAUUUACCUAAACACAAGCCAAAAAUACAGAAACAGUGAGUUAAAACGUAAGUUUGUCCUUAAAAGAUUUCUGAAGCAAUCUCUCUCUGACAGAGCCACCAAAAUGCAGAUCUGUGAUUGUGGGAAAACACUAAUUUAGAUAAUUCCAGUACUCUAAAUAACCUCCUGCAUUUCAUACAUGAAAAAUAUUUAGAAACCAUCAAAUAGUUCCAGUUUAUUUCAAAUAGUAAAUAUCCAAAUAUCAAUGACAUAUCAACCUUCAAACUGAAAAUGUUUUGGUUUUAGACGACUUUAUUUUGUCAUCAAGCCUAUUUUAGAGCAAAGCUUGACGUUGGUUGGUUUUGUCCAGUUUAAGCAAAAGAGAGAGUUUACCUGGUGAGCUUGAGAGGUCUAUAAAACAGCAACCUCGAACGUAUCAGAAUCUGCUCAAGAAAAAUACUGACUCUUUCUCAAGAUGCUGAAAUAUUCAUCUAAGUUUUAUUUGUCUGAUCCAACAUGAUGAUGCUGUUUAGUGCUUCUGUCAUUAUUUCAGAGAGCACCAUUCAUCAACUCGCAUCUUGCUAGAUCAUGUUUCCCAGGACCAAUGACAGUCGUACCGUGGCAGUUUUACAUUCAUCAAGAUGAUAAUUGCUAUUAGUAAUUUGAUGGAUGGCCAGUCUUUAUAACAAAGAUAAAAUAACAUCACAUCCAGCAUCAUCGUUACAGCGCGGAGGCAUCACAAUGUUGGCUUCCUGUGUCAGUCCCACAGCAGCUGUGCAGGCCAUUAUUCUAUCCACGUCUGUGGACUUAUGCGUCUCUGCCGCGGCUACCUGCCAGCUCUCUUCUCUUUCUUCUUGCAGAAACUGGAGGAAAAUAAACGUCUAAAUUUUGAAAUAAAUUAACUAGAAAUUACAGCUUGAGCAUAAUGAGCGAUAAAUCUUCAGUGGUGGUUAUAUGACAUGCUCCGCCCUCUGUAGAGAGAUACCACACACACAUACACUGUACAAAGUGAUAUAUGCAUUGCAGUCGUAGCACACUGUUGAGAAAACUAUAUGUUUUGUUGAUGUAAAGAUUUGUAACACUGAAGAAUCCAGCAUUGCUGAUAAAGUAAAGUCAAGAGAAGCUCUCUGAGUAACACGAUGCUUUCGAAUGCAGAGCUCUGAUGCCUUCGGCAGGUACUGUAUUGUCACUCGGAAUGAUGAUGCUGACUUGUUAAUUCAGAUGUUGCACAUAAACCCUGUGAUAAACAACAGUUGAUUAGUUGUUUUUUAUUGUCCGCAGCUGUGAUUUAUUAUUUUUCAUCUGCAGGAAAUACAAAUCACCUCUGUCAUAUAAAGAUUUAAAUUAAAUCUGUUUGCUAUAAA